AUGUCGUCUAACAAAGAUCAAAACAAGUCUUCGAAAACCUACCGGGAAGCCGCAAACGAGUACUACAACCAGAAGUACGAGACAUGGAUGCCCUGGAUCGAAGACCAGUACCUCAAGUGGUUCACAAAGGACAACAAGGCUAGCUAUGCUACCAAACAGAGCCUCGACAAAACCAAAGUCACGGGCAUAUCGCAAGUUGACAACCUCCAAGACGGUGUCAACAGCCUAAUAAGCGGCCAAGUCGGCAAAGGAGGCCUCGCACAACCCAUCGGCGAUCAUCUCUCCAAGGAGGCCAUCAACCGCGCCGAGAGGGGAGGCAAGGACGAAAAUGGAAGGCCGAUUGAGGCACAGGGACCUCUGGGAGGGUACGGACAAAGUGCUGCAGAUAGCGUAAAAGGUGGAGCGAGCAGUGUCGCUGGGGGUGUGACUGGGGGCGCAAAGAGCGCAGGAGGGUACGUUGGCGGGCUGUUUGGCGGAGGGAAGAAGGAGGGUGAGGCAAAGAAAUAG